AAUAAGAGCUGAGUAAUACACAGAACCUGGUUUCCUCUGCGCAUGCGCAUUACAGCAGCCUGUCAAUUCGAAACCAAGCGAGGGAAACAAGCUGCAGCCGUCACCUCGAUGUCAUGCCUGUCCAUGUGCUGUCGGAGGGGGCGGGGCCAGGCGUCCAGGUACCAGCUCACCUGACCAGGAUCCCCGUGUCGCUCAUCAGCGCCGGCACCGACUGCACCGACAAAACAGUCAAGGGGAAGGUGGUUCGUAAAGGCCCGCUGGUGUCAUUGGCCUCUGACGACUUCAUCCUGAAGACUGUUAUUCAAGAAGAAGACUCUCAGCCGAACGUCUCCAUUAACGUCUUCCUGCUGGGAGCGCUGGCCAAGGACUUCUCUCAAGCCGUCAGUCAAGAGGAUGUGGUGGUGGCCUCUGGCUUCACUGUCGGCAAAUCUCCCACGGUUAAUAAGGACAAGCUGCACCCCUGUAACCUGCUGCUGUCAGGAGACGACGCCUGCGUUUAUGUGUCUCGCCCCCCACCGCCCGCUGACCCCAGAUCGCCGCUAGCCGUGAAGAGGAGCUCCGCGCUCUCCACUGAGGUUUCCAGGACGACCAAGGCUCAAAAAUACACGUAUACCCCGCUAGGUGACCUGAAGGCCGGAGCUGUAGUCAACGUGUACGGAGUGGUGGUCUUCUUCAAACAGCCAUUCAGGAGCCGCGGCACAGACUUCUGCUCCAGCCUGAAGAUCACCGAUCAGUCCAACCAGAAGAUCGGCUGCACCAUCUUCUGUGAGAACCUGGACGACCAUCCCAAGAUCUUCCAAAUCGGAGACAUCAUCCGCAUGCACAGAGUCAAGACUCAGCUCUUCAACGACUCCAUCACGCUGGUCAACACCUUCGGUUUCUCCGUGGUGACGUUCGAGGGGGCGGCGGGCGGAGCCGUGGAGCCCAGGACGUCCAGCCGCUCCUUCCACUUCGACCAGGAGGACCGUCGGAUCGUAGAGGAGCUGCGAUCCUGGUCGGCCAGCGGGGCGCUGCUGCCUCCGGUUCCCACGAUGCCUCUGUCCGCCGUUCAGCCCAAAGCGUACUUCGACCUGACCUGCCAGCUGCUCGCCAAAGCGCCCGUCGACACCACCUGCACCCUGCUGAGGGUGUGGGACGGGACCAGGUGUCCUCACACUCUGCUGAAGGUGAUAGUGGAGCCGAACGUCACGGAGGGACCGUCCUCCUUCCCCGCGGAGCGAGAGAACCUCAUCGCUAACGUCCUCGUCUACGACAACCACGCCGAGUUCGCCAGGCAGCUGAAGCCCGGCGACUUCCUGAGGAUCUACAACCUGCGAGCGAUCCCGGGAUCCAGUAAAGUACCUGGCCUCACCAGCAACCAAUCAGAGGAGGGAGAGGAGGAGGAGGAGGAGGAGGAGGUGGAUCACCUGGCUUUCCACCUGCACGGAGGGACGGCGUACGGCAGAGGGAUCCGCGUUCUUCCGGAAAACAGCCCCGAUGUGCAGGAGCUGAAGAGAGUCAUCGAGGCUUUUCCAGAGCACGACGAGGUCGACCUCGCUGAGCUGAACGACACCACCAUGUUGGAGGUCUGGAGCACGCCGCCGGAGUCUCCCGAUGCUGACCCAGUGGAGUGCAGCACAGACAGAAGCUGUGGACACGACGUGCAGCUGGAGACGCUGUCUGAGCUGAAGCGCUCCGAUCCGGGUCGAGUUCACCACGUCAGAGUCCAGCUGAGAUCCUACGAGCCCCGAAGGCUCCACCAGACUCUGAAACUCUACUGCAGCAAGUGUUCAUCUAUGCAGGACGUCCCGGAUGAUGAGCUGGUAGCAGGUAUCUUCUCCGAGGCGUCCGGGGACUCUGGACCCUGCAGUCCCCCGCCGUGGGCUCUCUCCGGGCGGGUCGAGGUCCCCGGAGACUCCCCUGCUUCCCCGACUCGAGCUCUGAGCGUUCACCUGUCCACACAGCUCCUGUAUGAAGGCAAAACCAAAGAGCUCGUCUUCCUCAUGGGUUCGACUCUGGAGGAAACGUGUCGACUGGCGUCCGGCUACCAGAACAUCGUCCCUGUGAGGUCGUCAGGAGGUCAACUGGCUCUGCUGGACCUGACCGCACCUUUCCUGUUCAGAGGCAGGAAACGAUACUACGGGUGUAAGCAGUGCUCCGAGGCUGCAGUGAGGGAGCCGUGUGCAGAAGGAGUCGAACUGAUCGAUGAGAAGAUCGUCGCAGACGCUCUCGGCGUUCAGCUGCUGCGGUUCGUCCUGCUGAUGAAGCUCGAGCUGCAGGACAGCACCGACGCGUUGGACGUCUUCCUGUGGAGAGACGCCGAGUUGUUCUUCGGCGUGUCGGCGGAGGACGUGGCAGCCAAUCAGGAGGCUCAGAACAGUGUCCGUCAAACCAUGGACUCCCUCCUUCCACCAGGGGGCAGCACAGCUGAGCGUCCGUGGCUGGACUUGUGUCUGACAGCGUACCCAGCGGAGGACAACGGGGGACAGAACCAAACCUGCUACCAGAUCUGCAACACCACCGUCACCAAACCCUCGUGCACUCGCUCUGACCCCGACCCCGCCUGAACCCCCUGCAGGUCAAAGGUCACCAGUAAAUCACAAUCCUGCAGGGAUUAAAAAACUGUCUCUACCUGUUUUGUAUUUAAUGUCCUUUGUGUAUUUUUUUAUUUGUAAAGUAAAAUAAAUGUACAUAAAUAUGUGAGACUGACAUGUGAGUGUAUUUUGAAAAUUCUGCUUUGUUUCCUGUACAGCUCACAGAGCCUUUAAUGACUCUUUCAGAAUAAAAGAAGUGACUUUUAA